CAGCCUCGACAGGUGGCACCAGUGCCAGAGGUGACGCUGUGACCUGUGAAAGGAAAACCUGACCUCCGGUUCGGAAAAGCAUUGUGAUAAUAGGAUAGAUCGAGAAGAAAUCUAAAGAACUGACAUCUAGUUACAGUUUUUGCAACGAAGCUAAUCGGUGCGUGAAAGCUGAGUUUUUAAUAAUACAAGUCAUGAAAUGUCAUUUCGUCGAGAGAGAAGAAGCCCGAUUAGUUUUCGUUCCGAUUGUCUAGGCAUUUCAUGCUUCUUACAGAAGGGUGUAUAGUUGCAAUGCCCAAUCAUUAUUCUCUUACGAACAGAGGAUUUGUGAUCGGAAAAUAAUGUCGUUACUAAGAAUGAAAAAUGCCAUUUCUAAGAAUGUCAUUAAUUAACUAUCCCUUGGAAUGCGAGUUAAACGGAACCAAUUUUCGUCAAAGGAACUUAGUACUAUGAAACAGAAACUGAAAACGUGACAGGAGUGAACAUACAAGUGAAUCAGGCUCGCAAUCGGGGAGACGUGUUUGUUCCCCACACUUCAUGGAACCGGAACUGUAAUAUGAACAACUUCCCGGCAAAUAUCAAGGGAUGGGUCCCCAUCCCAUUCCCCAGAGGAGCGGGGAAGACGAAUUUGUUCCUGACAAGGCACAUACAUUCUCACUGUUGCAGAUCGAGUGAUGACGACGAUGAGCCGAGGCUCUGACUCUCGCUGGUAUGAGCCUCCUGCACCAAGAAGCUGGAAGACGAAUCCCUCAUCCCUUCAACGAAUCGAAUCUGCCGAAAACCUUCGGAGGUCCUUACUUGAUUCAGCUGCCAAAACAUCAGGUGCACUUCCUUACAGACAAAACUUGCGCCCUGGGACGAGAACCAUGAAUCGCAGUUUUGACUAUGACAAAACUAGAUCCAUGGCCAGUUUACCCUCGACACCACUGGUCCUCCGGGGAUCUCUCUCAGGCAGUGCCAAAUAUAAUAAUGAUGCCAGUCGUACUAUUCCUCCGAGUUAUACUAGACAACUAUCAGGUUCGGUGAAAGACUUGAGUUCGUCGUCGACAGGGUUCCUGAACAAACUCAAAACGCAAGAAAAUGCCGAGAAAAUUUUAAACACGCCUCCGUCGAGGCCUCGAACGACGACGUUAACCAAGUUCCGUCCAUUACCAGCCAUUAAACACAGCGCUGGAAGUACCAGAAGCGAUCCCACGAGCGAUAAUAACAAUGCCGGCGAGGGGAAGAAUCCUCCUCCGUUACUUAGAAGUAGAACAUUCGAUAUCAUCGACACGAACGUCGACAACCUGCCUGUAGUUGGUGAUGAGGACGAUGAUGAAAGGUCCUACACUGAGUAUUCUGAAUACGAUGAUGAUGAGGAGGAGGAGGAUGAAUCAGAUAGCAGUAGUAGUGACAGUGGGAGCAGCGGAAGUGAUUCCGGAAAGAAUAGCGAAUCCGACGCGUCGGAUAGCGGGGUGGUGAGUGCCGAAUCGAAUCGCAACGAGGUGGCAAAAGCGAAAAAAGAGCAGAACGAAGCUAUAUUUGAGAGGGGUAAGAUUAGCGAUGCCGUUCCGGUGCAAACCGUUACAGUGACUAUCGAGGGGAAACUCAUAUCGGAAUACGCUUCGCAGACGAAGCUGGGAGCCUUAAAUCGCCUGCCCACGCGAUAUGGUUUCUCAUUUUUCGGAAAUAGUGACGAAGAAUCGGGCGGAGGUGAAAAUGAAGAAGAUGGAGAGGAAGAAGAAGAGGAAGAAGAGGAGGAAGGUGAAGGGGAUGAGGAGGAGGGGGAGGAAGGUGAGGGAGGAGGCGAGGAUGAGGGCGGCGGGGAAGGGGAGGAGGAAGACGAGACGAUGAGGGUUGGCGCGACUUUACCGGACAUCUCCGAGGACGAGGAAAUGUUCGCCUUCGACGGAGGGAUCGAAGAAGACAUCAUCGUUUACGUCAAGAUGCCGGAUGACACGCUCAUGCUGGCGUCCAGCCCCAGAGAGAGAACCCUGAGGGAACUCCUGACCAUCGUGAAGGACACACAUUUGCACGGGAGCUGCCUGGUUAUAUCUCGUAAAGGAUUAAGUUCGAGCGACCUCGAUAAAUCGUUAGAGGAGCUGGGGAUUCACGAUAACACGACUCUCCAUCUCAUAGCAGAAUGACCCUAAGAAAGGACGUCUAAGAAAAGUGUGCUAGUCUUGAGACAGUUCGUGAUUGUAAUUAACUUCGUGUGGCUGUUGGGCAUUCCUUUACCUGACAGAUAUUGUUCUGAUAAAAAUAAACAGCUAUACAAUAAUGUGGUGAAACUUCAAGAAAUAUUGUCUCCUAAAAGUGAAACUAUCAGUUAAUCUUGUAUAUCGUCACAAUAAGAAACUAAAUACGACUAUGUUUCAAAUUCUCCUUUGAUUUACUUGGUUCGUCUCUCAUUUUGAGAGAAUUUAAGGAUCCUUUCUGAUAAAACAAAUGAGACUCGUGUAUAUGACAAGUGAAGCAUGUUCUGAUAAAACCACAAGUUAAAUUCCUAGAAUAUGAUAAACAUGAAACUAACUAAAUAAGCUUUUAACAUACAUUUAGCGUUUACUAAAAACGCUCUACUUUUUCAAAGCAGUCUCAAAAUAUAUAAGAUAAUGAUUCCACAUUCUUGAGGAGAAUCAUGGAAAGAAAUAAUCAAACCGAGUUACUCUGAAAUACUUGACUUCCGCGCAUUAUAUAUAUAUAUAUAUAU